GUCCCAAGAUGGCCGAAGUUGACUUCUGAGGCCGCUAUGCUUGUCUGAGCAGGGAAGCGGUUUAGUAACCUGGGAUCUCGAUGGCGGCGGCGCUGCUCUUGUCAGCCGCGCGGGGCUUGUUGGGCCGCAGUUUCCUUGCUCCCGACGUGAGCCGGCCAUUCAGUACAGGAAUCCCUAACCAAUUUCGUGUGAGGGAGCCCCCCCGCCCCAAACCAGUCGAUCGAUGGACAGAGAAACGAGCACUGUUUGGGGUCUAUGACAAUAUUGGCAUUCUGGCGGACUUUAAGGCCCACCCCAAGGACCUGAUCCUAGGCCCCAAAUGGUUACGUGGCUGGCGGGGGAAUGAACUUCAGAGAUGCAUCCGCAAAAAGAAAAUGGUGGGUGACCGAAUGUUCUUGGAAGAUUACCACAACCUGAACAAGAGGAUUAGAUAUUUGUACAGGCGUUAUAACCGCACUGGGAAGCAUCGCUGAGAGCAGCUCCUCGUUCGCUAGCAUCUGUCCCGAAGAACAUGGUGCAAAAUAUUUGCUCACGUUCUUAGGGCUCUAAAGAGAACUAUGGAUGUGGGAAGUUGUUCUAAGGAUCUUAUUCUGAUUAUGUUUCCAUUGUAUGCCACUUCAUCUACCAAUAUAUUCCUGUACAAUGUACUAAUGUCCCAUU